CGACGGCAAGGCGUAGGUCGACGGAGCGGCGGGAUGCGGGCACUGUGUUCCGAUGUUAGCCGAGUGUAUAGAUCACGCCGAUGCUGAGUGAGGACUAGAAUUUGGAAUGAUAGACAAUAUUUGAUUGGACGGAAUGUACGAGUGUCUCUGGUGAUCAUGAGACGGUGAGCACGCCAUAGCUGGAACGCGGGACCAGGACGGUGAAGGUCAGAGGGAAUUCGGAAUUCGAGGAACAAACAAAUAGCAUAUGGAUGAUGUGCUAGUCAGCAAUACUAGUUGACCCAGUCUGCUCUUCAGCCCAGCCAACGCUCGCCUCAGCUGCCUCCUUCUCUCCAUCUUGUUACACCCACUGCUCUCGAGAGAUGUCGAACGCGCUUUCAUCUGUAGCACGCAUCGCCUAUCUCUCCUCAGAUCUCAUCGUCGACUCCCGGCCUCCCUUCCCUUCUGUCUCGCCCUUCGCAGCCCAGUACGACUCCCUCCAUGCCACAUCCAGCCGCCGCCCGACUGUCUACCCCGUCCCCGUCGCUGGCGAUCCCGGUGCCACCCUCCUCCGCCAUGGCUCGGCAGGGCUCGCGUCCUUCACCGCGGUCGCCACGGCACAGAUGAUCAUCCGCCUCGUUCUGCACGCCGCGGAGCUCUCCUCUCUCCCACUCGUCCUGCAUCUCGCAGUCACCGACGAUCUCUCCGACGUCCUUCUCCUCCGCUCCGCCGUCCCCUUCUUCCUCGUCUCCUACACCCCACAGCAGGCACACGACAACGCCCUCCUCGCAUCCCGCCUCGCACGCAGAGAAAACAAGGCCGUCGUGCACGUCUUUUACAACUCGGAUGACCACGUCGCCGAGAUCGACUCUGACAGUGUCCUUCCCUUCCUCAACUCGGAGAACCUCUCAAAUGGCCUCAAUGGCGCAGAGCAUACACCUGGCGCUGAGCUCUACAAACUCUACCAAGCAGCAGCUGCCUCCACAUCCGCUCGCGUUGACCGCACACUUUCGUCAUUGUCCAGCUCCGGCCCGUCCACGGCCAGCUCCGUCGUCUUCCUUCUCGGCCAAGCAGAGGGCUCGAUUGAAGUCGACGAUGUCCUUUUUGCCUCCGUCAACCUCCUCACUCCCUUCACUGCCUCCCAGAUCAUCGACACCGUCCCCGAAAAAGCCGCCCGCGUGAUCGUCCUCGAGCAGGUCCACCGUUCCAACACCAAAUGGUCGCCCCUCUACCUCGAUCUCGUCGCCGCCCUCCAGCAGCGCGAGGGCACCCGCCCCCACAUCCAGAGCGCCUAUUACACAAAGGCGUCCCAGGUCACCGCCGAGUCUAUCGCCAAGCUCGUGCAGACCGUCGCAGAAAAGCCUGCAUCCGCCCCCAUCCAGCUCGGAGAUGCCAUGCCCUCGCCCUCGUGCCCGCCCCAGACCGCACCCCACGUCCCCAAGCACGAGCUGUCGUACACCAAGAUCCUCGCGUAUGUCUUUGGCCAGAGACUCGAGAUCUCCAACUCGCCAGAAAACGUCUCGUCGCAAGGCGCACACGCGACGACCCCCGAAUACGCCCUCGGUCGCGUCCGCGCCCAGGUCGAGCAGCGCGCCGACCUCAUCAAGGCCGUGCAAGAGCUCCUCGAGGCCAAGGAGACCGACGCGGACCUGCAUAAGCUUCUUAGCCAGUGGCUCCUCAAGCGCGACGACGGCACCAAGAGCCGCCCGCUCGCCGACGAGAUCGUCGCCGCCCUCGAGGCGUCCACGCCCUCUCACCCCGCCGCCGCGCGCAUCCUUUCCCUCCGCCAGUAUCUGCCUUCCCAGUCGCGCUGGAUCAUCGGCUCGGACGCUUGGUCGUACGACUUGGGCGCCUCGGGGCUCCACCAUGCCAUUGCGUCUGGUCUCGAUGUCAACAUCCUCAUCCUCGACACCCUCCCGUACUCGGCUCGCAACAGCGGCGAUCCCCACCGCCGCAAGCAGGACGUUGGGCUGUACGCCAUGAACCAUGGAGACGUCUACGUCGCCUCUGUUGCCGUGUACUCUGCGUACGCCCAGGUGCUGCAGGCCGUCAUGGAGGCCGACCGCCACAAGGGCCCGUCUGUCAUCCUCGCCUACCUCCCCUACACCACGGAGGAGACGCCCGCGCUCGAUAUUCUCAAAGAGACCAAGCUGGCCGUCGACGCCGGCUACUGGCCGCUCUACCGCUGGGACCCCUUCAAAGAGUCCGAGGGCAGGGAGCCGUUCGCGCUCGACUCCGACUCGGUCAAGAACGACCUCAAGGAGUUCCUCGACCGGCAGAACCACCUCUCGCAGCUCGUGCGCUCGAAGCCGCAGCUCGCGGCCGAGAUCGUCGGCAACCUCGGCGACAACGUCAAGGAGAUCCGGCGCAGAAAGGCCGCGGCGGCGUACGACACGCUGCUCACGGACCUCGACGCGCCGCCGCUCACGAUCCUGUACGCGUCCGACGGCGGGAACGCGGAGAAGUUCGCGAAGAAGCUGGGGAACCAGGCCAAGGCGCGCGGGCUCGCGACGACGCUCGCGACGCUGGACUCGGUGCCGCUCGAUACGCUCGCGGGGGAGGAGUACGUCGCGUUCGUGACGUCGACGGCGGGCCAGGGCGAGGCGCCGCAGAACGGGCGCCAGUUCUUCAAGGCGCUCAAUGCCGCGGUCGCGCGCGGCGAGACGCCGUUGUCGAAGCUCAGGUACAGCGUGUUCGCGAUGGGCGACAGCCACUACUGGCCGCGGCCCGAGGACGCGGGGUACUACAACCGGCCCGGCAAGGACCUCGACGCGCGGCUGGCGCAGCUCGGCGGGGAGCGCUUCGCGGAGCUCGGGCUGGGCGACGACCAGGACGCGGACGGGCCGGCGACGGGGUUCAAGGUGUGGCUGCCGAAGCUGUGGAAGACGUUCGGUGUGGACGCUGUGGAGGUGCACGAGGCGGAGCCGGCGCCGAUCACGAACGAGCACAUCAAGGCCGCGUCGGGGUACCUGCGCGGGACGAUCGCGGAGGGCCUGGUGGACACGAGCACGGGCGCGCUCGCGGAGGCGGACACGCAGCUGACGAAGUUCCAUGGGAUCUAUCAGCAGGACGACCGCGAUAUCCGCGAGGAGCGGCUCGCGCAGGGGGUCGAGCCGGCGUACAGCUUUAUGAUCCGCGUGCGCACGCCCGCUGGCGUGUGUACGCCCGAGCAGUGGCUCCGGAUGGACGAGAUUGCGGACGAGCAUGGGAACGGGACGUUUAAGCUGACGACGCGCGCGACGUUCCAGUUCCAUGGGGUGAUCAAGCGCCAUUUGAAGCCGUCGAUUCAGGAGAUCAACAAGGUGCUGCUCGAUACGCUCGCUGCGUGCGGUGAUGUCAACCGUAAUGUGACGUGCGCUGUUAUUCCGACGAUGUCGAAGCUGCACAAGCAGGUGUUCGAGUUCUCGAAGCUCGUCUCUGACCACCUUCUCCCCCGCACGACGGCGUACCACGAGAUCUGGCUCGACAAGAAGAUGGUCGCUGGCGGUGCCAUCAAGGACUUUGAGCCCCUCUACGGCGAGUUCUACCUCCCCCGCAAGUUCAAAAUCGCAGUUGCCGUCCCGCCGACAAACGACGUCGAUAUCUACGCCAACGACGUCGGCUUUAUUGCCAUCGUCGACGACAAGGGCGAGCUCGCGGGCUUCAACGUCACCAUCGGCGGCGGCAUGGGCGUCACGCACGGAAACAAGAAGACGUACCCCCGUAUCGCGGACGUCAUUGGAUUCUGCACCGUCGAGCAGGGUCCUCUGAUCGCGGAGAAGAUCAUGCUUACGCAGCGGGACAACGGCAACCGUGUCGACCGCAAGAACGCCCGUCUAAAGUACACCAUCGACCGCAUGGGCCUCGACGUGUUCAAAGCCGAAGUCGAGAAACGGCUCGGAUUCACGCUCGCGCCCGCCCGGCCGUUCGCGUUCGACCGCAACAUCGACGAAUACGGCUGGCACGCGGGCGAGGACGGCCGGCACCACUGCAUGCUCUACAUCGAGAACGGGCGCAUCCAGGACGAGCCCGGGCGCGACUACAAGACGGGCCUGCGCGAGAUCGCCAAGGUGCACACGGGCACGUUCCGCCUCACCGCGAACCAGCACGUGUGCAUCUCGGACAUUGAGCCGGCGAACCUGGGCGAGAUUAAGCGUCUGCUGGCCAAGUACAGGCUCGACGAUCUGAAUUAUACGGGCCUGAGGCUCGGGUCGCAGGCGUGUGUGGCGUUCCCGACGUGCGGGCUUGCGAUGGCGGAGUCGGAGCGGUAUCUCCCGUUGCUGGUGGACAAGGUCGAGAAGAUGUGCGAGGAGAAUGGGCUGCGCAACGACUCGAUCGUGAUGCGCAUGACUGGGUGCCCGAACGGCUGUGCGCGGCCGUAUAUUGCUGAGGUCGCAUUCGUCGGCAAAGCACCGGGCGCCUACCUGAUGCUGCUCGGCGGUGGCUUCCACGGCCAGCGCCUCAACAAAAUCUACCGAGAAAACGUCACCGAGCCAGAAAUCCUCGAGAUCCUGGGCCCGAUGAUCAAGCGGUACGCGCUCGAGCGCAACGACGGCGAGCACUUUGGCGACUUUGUCAUCCGCGCCGGCUACAUCGCCCCGACGACCGAGGGCAGGCUCUGGUACGACCGCAUGGGCGGCGAGGGCGAACACCGCAUCGCCGCAUAGUUGUUUUGUUUCAUUAUCAAUAUCAAUAGUUUCUGUUUCUGUUGUAUCGCUAAUACCAUUAUAUAGACGCAUCUCACGCAUCUCACUAUGCUUUACCAUCUUA